AUGCCCAAGAGAGAUGUUGUCUCAUGGAACUCCAUGAUUGCUGGCUAUUCUCGAUAUGGCCUUCCUAUGGAUGCUCUCUGUCUCUUCAAAUCCAUGCAAUUUGCUCAAGUUCAACCCAACGAACACACUCUGGUGGCUCUAUUAUCUGCUUGUUCAGAGCUAGGCUCACUAAGCCAUGGCAGAUGGUUCCAUUUAUACAUAAACAGGCACGACAUGAACCCCAACAUCUUCAUUGCCACUGCUUUAAUCGACAUGUAUGCUAGGUGUGGAAGUUUAAAAUGCGCUGAAAAGGUUUUCAAAAACAUGUAUAAGAGAGAUACACUUGCGUAUAAUGCCAUGCUCCAUGGCCUUGCUAUUCAUGGCCAUGGGCAUGAGGCAUGCGAUCUCUUCCUAGAGAUGGAGAAUUCAGGGGUGAAACCUGAUGGGGUGAGUUUUCUCUCUUUGCUUUGUGCUUGCACACACUCUGGGCUUGUGGACAAGGCAAAGUGGUUCUUUGAGCUUAUGCAAAUGGCUCACAAUAUUAAGCCCAGGCUCGAGCACUAUGGGUGCAUGGUUGGUGUAUUAGGCAGGGCUGGCCUUAUAGAAGAAGCUCAUGCUUUGAUCGAAAGAAUGCCUUUAGAGCCCAAUGCCAUAAUAUGGAGAUCACUUCUUGGGGCCUGUACAAUUCAUGGCAAUGUAGAGUUAGGUGAGGCUUGUUUGGAUCACCUUUGUAAGCUAGACCCUGAGAAUAGUGGGAACUAUGUGCUUCUCUCUAAUAUCUAUGCCAAAACGAAUAGAUGGGAUGAUGUUGGGAAAUUGAGGAAAGUGAUGAGAGAGAGAGGAGUGAGAAAGAUGCCGGGGUGUAGUGCGAUUGAGGUGGGGGGUGUUGUCCAGGAGUUUGUAAUGGGAGAUCACUCACACCCAUUUUCUAGAGAGAUAAAUUCAAUGGUCGAAGAGAUUUUUAGGAGGUUGCAGGGUGUUGGAUAUAUAGCGUCUAAAGAAGAGGUCAUGUUUGAUAUAGAAGACGAGGAGAGAGAGUGGGCUCUCUCGUGCCAUAGUGAGAUAUUGGCCAUUGCAUUUGGUCUCAUCUCAACUGAGAGUGGGGUGCUUAUUACUUUGGUGAAGAACCUUAGGAUUUGUGGAAAUUGCCACUCUCUUGUGAAGCUGGUUUCUAGGAUUUACAGUAGAGAGAUUGACGUUAGGGAUGGGACAAGGUUCCAUCAUUUUAGAGAGGGAACCUGUUCUUGUAAGGAUUUCUGGUAA